UUUUGGGUUUAUUAUUCCUUUAAAUCUUAAAUUGGAAUGGCUGUUUUUAGAUGUGAAUUCACAUGUUGCAUUUACAGAUCGCAGGAGACAUGCUUUGUGCUGAUCAGAACUUUGAUAUUGCACAAGUCAUUCGCUUUUUCAGAUCUAAGCCUGGAGAACUUGCUAUAUAUUAUGAGCUGGAGUCAGGAGAGAAGAGCUACACCAGAGGAAUUGUUGAAGUUUGUCCAAACACCCAUCGGGUCAUGCGAUUCUUUGAGAAGCCUCAGGAGGGAGUCACUGCUUCUCGUCUGGCCAGUGUGGUUUUCUACUGCCUACGCAAAGAGUCCUUACUGAACAUUUCUGAAUUCCUCAUUCAACACCCUGAUGUUAAUGAUAGAACUUUUGGCAUGUUUUGGGAAUGGCUUAUAAAUGAGGAGAAAGUUCCUGUUUAUGGGAUGAAGUUACCAACAGGAUUUCAACUAAUUGGACAAGUGGGUCUGUCUGAUUACACAAAAUGGCUCGCACACUAUUCUUCAAAGCAGCAGCUGUCCCCAUCGAAACCCAUUACAUGCCGCUCAUUUGCCAGGGUUGGACUCAUGGGGAACCCCUCUGAUGGUUUCAAUGGGAAAACUAUUGCUAUGAGCAUCGCUAACUUCUGGGCUGAGGUCACGCUUAUGGAGAGCCAGACUCUGGUUCUUCUACCUCAUCCUCUGAAUGACCCCACGGAGUUCGGAAGCUUGCAGGAUCUUUUUCGGAUCAGCCGGAAAGAAGGCUAUUUGGGAGGUCUGAGACUUCUACAAGCCACCUGUAAAAAGUUUUAUCAGUUCUGCUCUGAACAAGGCAUUGCUCUGUCCAAGCAGAACUUUACACUCAAGUAUGACACAAACAUUCCUCGGCAAGUGGGUUUAGCUGGCAGUAGUGCGAUUGUGUCUGCCACCUUGAAGUGCCUGAUGAAGUUUUACAACAUCACAGACAACGAUCUUCCUAAACCAAUCAGAGCCAACUUUAUCCUCAACGUAGAGACUGAUGAGCUGUUCAUCACAGCUGGUCUACAGGAUCGGGUUGUGCAGGUUUAUGAAGGCUUGGUUUACAUGGACUUCAACAAACAGCUGAUGGAUGAGCGGGGUUAUGGUACUGUUUUUGAACCUAAAUAUGAUUCUGGGUAAUAUAAAUAACAUUUUUCAUUGUAUAUACACCUUGG